GAUUAGCCAUUGUUACGUUCACUUGCGCAAAAAUUUGUUUUCUUCAGUUUCCUGAUUAUGAAUUGUUGUACACACGUACACGAAUAAAAAUAGGGGAUACUAGACUCUUCCUUCGUUUAGAAAAGGAGAGGACGAUUUUCAGCGCCGUCUAUCCCCCGAAAAUGGGUUCCUUUCGUCGAAAAUGGUAGAAUGUCAUCGGUGAUUUCACAGGAAGUGCAACAAUUGUGAGACCUCAAUGACAUCACGAUACAAACGUCGCGUCUUAUCUUCCUAAAGGAGCUCGUGCAGCUACAUAGCUAUCGAUAAUCGGCCUUAUUUUUUUAAUAGGCGAUUAUUUUCAAAUAUUCAUCCACGAUUGUUUGCGUGAGACGGCAAACGAAACGUGGAUCUAGGAAAAUCUCGCGCGCGAAGGUUAGUAAACAGCUGAUGUGUCAGUUUGGGACGAACCGCGAGUGACGGAGAUGUCAUACAAAAUUGGCCAACGCGUCGAGGUGCCCGUGAAGGAGUGUCAGGGUGUUAUAGCCUACGUCGGCCACCCGGCCUUCGCAUCUGGCAAAUGGAUCGGCGUGAUACUCGACGAGCCGAAAGGGAAAAACAACGGUACUGUCAAGGGUCAAAUGUACUUCAGGUGUGCUGAAAAUUAUGGAAUGUUUGCACGCCAAACUCAACUUAUUUUGCUGGAUGAGGCUGGCAAUAGAACGGAGCCUGUCAGUCCGUCAUCGGCAGGUAGCAAUGCCACAACACCUGAUGACAGUGCUGCUAGAGCAAGGAGUCGCCUAAAUAGCAAUAGUAUGCGUCGAAGGAAUGAGCCUACAGCUGUACGGAGAAAAACAUCUCCUGCGAAUGUUACUCGUCAACAAUUUGACAAGCUUUCUGGUUCUCGAUUAUCCUUGACCGGAAGUAGAACAUUAUUAAGUGCCCCAAGUACAGAAAGUCUAACUGGAUCACAACAUGAACGUAGAGACGGCGGCGAAUCUUCAAUUCCAGCACCAACUUCAACUUCAAAGCGUGCCUCAUUUAUUGAGAAGUCCCCUAGCACGAGCUCGCCUCCCGGCAAAAAGCCAAAGGCCCAAGAUGAUCACAAUAAUACAGGUUUUGUAGAAACGUUGAAACCACAAUUCGUACCCGGUCAAGUGAUGGCAGGUUCGGCAGCGGCUGCGAAUCUAGUGGAAGAGAAAUUAUCACAUUUACAACUUGUACAAGAAAAUGAUAACUUGAAAUCUCAGGUACGUGAUCUUACUGAGAAAGUAGAAACGUUGCGUGUAAAACGAAUGCAAGACAAGGAGCGGAUGAAAGAUUUCGAAACAAAACUUCAAGUUGAACAACUUCUUGAAUUCAAAGCUAAAGUCAUGGAAAGUCAAGCAAGUCUUCAGAGGGAACUUCAACGAGCUCGACAAGAAACUAGAGAAGCUCAUGCGGCGAGAGAACAAUUUCAGGAAGAAAUGGCGGAUCUUGCAGAGACAGUGGAAAUGGCUACGUUAGACAAAGAAAUGGCAGAAGAAAAGGCUGAAACCCUUCAAAUCGAAUUAGAGCAGCUCAAGGAAAAGUUGGAGGAACAAACAUUAGAUCUGGAAAUAUUACGCACAGAAAUGUCCGAGAGGGCAGCAGGCGGUGGAUCGGCCACGGGGGCUUCUAACUACGAGGUGAAGCAAUUGGAACAGCAGAAUAAUAGACUGCGUGAAACUCUCGUGAAAAUGCGCGAUUUGUCGGCGCACGAAAAACACGAAUUCCAGAAAUUGCAAAAGGACAUGGAUCAGAAGAAGUCUGAGAUUUUAGAAUUAGGUCGCACGAAGGAGAAGUUGUCGGCGCGUGUUGAAGAAAUGGAACAUCAGAUAGCCGAUCUACAGGAACAAGUCGACGCAGCAUUAGGAGCCGAAGAAAUGGUUGAGAUGCUAGGCGAGAAGAAAAUGGCACUGGAGGAGAAAGUGGCCGAAUUAGAAGAAGCUGUCUCAGAUUUGGAAGCUCUGCAGGAUAUGUCCGAUCAACUGGCCGAAUCGUCCAAAGAAUUAGAGCUGGAGCUUCGCGAGGAGUUGGAUCUCGCUCUUGGAGCAACGCGCGACGCUCAACGGCAUCGAGAUGCCGCGCUAGAGACGCUCGCGGAUCGCGAAUUGACCAUCACCAAGUUUCGCGAACUCACGCACCAAUUGCAAGAACAGUGUUUGCAGUUGCAGCAACGAGUUCAGUCGACGGAGUCCACCAAGACUAAUGUUCGAGGUGCUGAUCAACAACUCGCGGAGAUAUUAGACUUCCAGAAAACGUUCGCCGAAACCCGAGCGCAAACCAAGGCGGUCGAUCUCGAGCUGCGCCGAUUAGACGCCGAGGAGGCGCGAAAUCACGUGCGCUAUUUGCUGUCUUUUAUGCCUCCGGCAUUCUUGAUCCGCGGUGGAGACCACGACGCGAUAUUGACACUCUUAUUGAUACCGAGAAUGACACAGAAAACGGAGAUAUUGAUUUCGCAAGUUCGAGAGAAAUAUAGAUCCAUCGAGAAAAUAGAUAGAGCUUCAGUAGCGAGGGGUCAUUCGAUAGCGCAGUACUCAUUCAGAUCUCGUUUGUGUUCGCAUAUGUACGCUUUACAAACGACUCUGAGCUGCUUCGAAUCGGCCUUGAACUCGUGUAACCCUGAAAUGUUACUUAAAGUGGGCGCGGCUUAUCCCGAAAUGGCGGCGCAAGAAAAGUCCUUAGAUUCGUUAAUCGAGCUGGCCAAGCGAGAUCAGUUGGAUGAGAAUUUGCCGAUGGACGCGAUUGAAAAGUGUUGCGCCUACUUUGCCACGAUGUUCUUCGUGCUUUUUGGUGAAAGCACAACUAUCAAUCAAGCGCGUCUAAUUGUCAAUGGCACGAGAACUUUAAGCAACACAUGCGACGCCGUCGCUACUGACGCUACGGCGAUCAAGGUGUUGAUACAAGGAGAGAGUGGUGAUAUAGGUAUGCUCUGUCAACACAUUGAAACGACGUGCGAGGUAAUCCAGCAACACUUGAAGUCGGCUAGAAGACGAGUACCACGGGAUCAGGCUGGUCCAGCAUUUUCUGUAGGUGCCAAUUUAGGAUUAGAUAAAGAUUGCAACGAACAAUUUUCGACAUGUUAUCAGCAUGGCGUGAAAAUUAUGAAGACCCUUCAGUAUCUAUUGAAGAACGCUUUGCAAGCUAUUAUUGAAAAUGGCGAUUUAGACACUGGGCUCGCCGCUGACAAGUUGAAGGAGAUGGCCGCGACGUCCAGCGAAAGGGUGUACGAUACGGAAGAUCUGGGACCUGUGGCCACUCUCAAGGCUAGCUUGACGGUAAUACAGCAAUUAGCAGCAAAUCUCGCGCAAAAAAUGGCCGAAUGUGAAAAUGAACUGGCUAUAAGUGGACAAACACAUAGUCAGCAACAAUCUAAGGACAGUGAGUCAAUAAUGCCAAUUGUGUCUAGAGCGAGUGCAGUGAGAAAAGAGGCAGAAGAAACGAAAAUACUUAGCAGAAAACUCGAAGCAAGGGAUAGCGAUAUACGCGAAGCAAGAUUAGCUCUACGGGAGAAACAAGAAGAAUUGUCCGAGAUGACGCUGCGAAAGGAGUUGGCGGAAAAACGUUUCGCAACGCAACAGCACGAACAUGAGAUGAAUGUCGAGAAGUUGAAGAGAAAAUUAGAAGAAGCGCAAAAUCAAUUGAAACGCAAGGAAAAAGAAUUCGAAGAAACAAUGGAUCAUCUUCAAACCGACAUCGACAGCCUGGAAACAGAGAAAGGACAAUUAAAGGAAAAGUUGAAAUCAAUCGGCAAGAAAACGAUAUCAGUGUCCGGCGGUGCUGACAGUAUGACAGGAAGCACUUCGAUAACGAGCACUUUAGAUAACAAAUAUUAUGUACAAGAAAUACACGCUCUUAAGGAAGCCUUGAAUAACGAGCACCAGCAGAAGAAGAAGAUAUUGUGCGACGUUUUACGACAAAAGUUAGAUAACUUGGAACCAUUGUCGUCGCCGACAAAUCUGAAAUCUCUGGAUUCAACGAUUCAAGAAUUGCGAAAGAAGACGACCGAUCUCGUUAAGGAUGUAGAGAAAACUUUAGCUUAUCCGACAGUUCCCGAUCUGCGACGCAAGGUGCCCGAAAUGUCUUAUCAUUAUUUAUUGGAACGACGAAAGAAUAUCACACAGCUGAAGGCACGAGCUGACGAAUUAGCUGCCCAAGUACGUCGUGAGGCUAUCAAACGUACACCAGGCGGAAGAGCAGAAGCGAAUUUCGCCGUGUACCCGAAUCGCGAGAUGGCGGCGGCGAUGCAGGAGCGCAAAUUACUCGCCGCCGAAAUAAAGAUCCCUUACAAUGGUCCGGAAAAAUCCUUUUCUGUCAAUGUAGGGCCGCAAGAACUUAGGAAAAUUCAUAAUCUAUUGUACUAUUAAAUGCUCGCGCUUCGUUAUUUAUUUCUUAGUGACAACGUACGUGUGAUCAUACAAGUCUUUAAGGCUUCUGGGUCCUCAUUGUGUUAGAUUGUGACAUCAGAAGCGAGAAAACACACGCUAAAAAUUAUGCUAUUUCGAAAUAAAAUAUUUCAAUGAACAGCACUUCAGAUGGUUUUAGCAUAAUUUCUUAAAAUUAUUCUUGUUCUUUUAUAAUCAAUCAAAACAGCUGUAAAAAUGACUUUAAUAUGCGCAGUCAUUCUGCAUGACAAAAUCUGAUAUCACGAUCAUUUUACAGUUGUUGAUUGAUUGUCAAAGGAAAAUAGUUUCUAAAGCCAUCUGAAGUUGUGUUUCAUCAAAAUAUCUUUUUAUCUAAAAAUGACACGCAAAAAUUUUCAGCAUAUAUUUUCUCGCUUCUGACGUCAUAAUCUAACAUGAACGCGGCAAGUACCAAGGAACCUUAGGACAUAUUGUAUACAAGAGAUUAUCUUUUUCUAAUCAUUUUUUCAUAGUAGCAAUAUUUUAUACAGCAUCUUGCUCCGUAAAAAAAAAAAUAAUUAUACAUGUCGUUAUGAAGAAACUCUAUUAAUUGUUGCUUUUGGAUAAAGAAUUCGUGCUUGUAUUUUUUUGUAUCGAUGUGAAACGGGUACAGAGGGCAAAUCUAGUAAUUCAUAAUUUGCACUUGUGCAAUGUUUAUUUAUUUCUGAUGGGCUACAGCGCGAUGACUGGUGCAUCGCGACUGGGAGGCUCUCUCUCCAGUGUUCGUUCACGUUUAUAAACGCAAUGUUAUAUUUAGUAUUAACAAUUCAGAAGAGAAAUCAUGUGCCUCUGUGGCUUUUUUCCGUAUUAUUUAUAUAUAUAUGUCUUUAAGAAUUGUCAAAUAUAUGGUCUAAAAAUAU